GCGCCAGCCCAAAAGAAGAGGCUUCUUGGGAGAGUUCACUCACCCACCCCAAAGCCUGCUCCCUUCUGGAGGCUCUGGCUGCUGGGAGCCCCACUCCUUCCUGCUGCUGCUCUUCUUGAGGCUGCCCCAGAGCUCCCUUCUCUCCCCUCAGAGCCCCUUGAUUCUUCCCCCCAAAAGAGCUCCACUCCUGCCUCUGACUUUGGGUACAGUUGUAACUUGGGGCAGCGGCAAACGGAAGGCUUCUGCUUGCUUUACCUACCAAAUCUGUUGCUCAAAAAGUUGUCCAGGGUGUUCCACAAAGUUGAAUCUCCAACUUGAAGUCCUUGGGGGGCAGCAUAUGGGAAAUCCACUUGGUACCUUUUGCUCCAGAUUCCUCUGCAUGGGAUUACCAUGAUACCAGGGGAAAAGGGACCAAUGACUGCUGUUGCCUAUUUGCUGUUGGCAUCUGUUGGCUGCAUUGCAAAUUUGGGUGAAUCUCUUCAGGUCACUAUUCAGCCUGCUUCUGUUGUCCAGAAGCAUGGUGGCUUGGUGACCCUGCAAUGUGUGCCUGAGCCUUUGAAAGUAAACAUUACUUGGAGAUUGAAUGGAAAGGAAGUGCCUCCAUCAGAUGAUAUUCUGGGGAUCCGUAUCGAUCAGAGACUUCUCACCAUUGGUGCCUUAAACAACCACACAGUGGGACGAUAUCAGUGCAUAGCCCAUGUGCCUGAAGGUGUUGUUGCCAGUGUUCCAGCCAUGGUGACAUUAGCUAAUCUCAAAGACUUCAAAUAUGACGGCCAACAUGUGAUAGAAGUUGAUGAAGGAAAUACCGCAGUAAUUGCAUGUGACCUUCCUGAAAGCCAUCCAAAAGCCCAAGUUCGUUACAGUGUAAAGCAAGAAUGGCUGGAAUCCUCCAGAGAUAACUACUUAAUCAUGCCAUCAGGGAAUCUUCAAAUAGUCAAUGCAAGCCAGGAUGAUGAAGGAACAUACAAAUGUGCAGCCUACAAUCCUGUCACACAGGAAGUAAAAACAUCAGUCUCAAGUGAGAGACUCCGUGUGAGACGCUCAACUGCUGAGGCAGCUCGCAUAAUUUAUCCCCCUGAAGCACAGACCAUCAUUGUCACCAAGGGUCAAAGCCUCAUUCUUGAAUGUGUGGCUAGUGGGAUUCCUCCUCCACGAGUCACAUGGUCUAAGGAUGGUUCCAGUGUCUCUGGCUACAACAAGACUCGGUUCCUUCUCAGCAACCUCCUAAUAGAUACAAUCGGUGAGGAAGAUUCAGGGACCUACAGCUGUAUGGCUGACAAUGGAGUGGGUGAGGCUGCAGCGGCAGUCAUACUGUACAGUGUUCAAGUGUUUGAACCUCCAGAGGUUAGCAUGGAAUUAUCCCAGCAGAUCAUUACAUGGGGUCAGAGUGCAAAGUUCACUUGCAAGGUUCGAGGGAACCCUCAACCAUCAGUUGUGUGGCUGCGUAAUGCAGUUCCUCUCUUCUCCAGCCAUAGAAUGCAGCUGACUCGCAGAGCCUUAAGGGUCUCUAGUGUGGGACCUGAGGAUGAAGGGAUAUACCAGUGCAUGGCAGAGAAUGAAGUUGGUAGUGCACAGGCUAUGGUACAACUAAGAACUGCUCAGCCUCGAACAACACCGGAGCCACAGCACUUCCCAGCUGGGGACUUUGCUCACUCUUUCAUGUCACCUACCAAGCUCAGCAAUAGUGAAAAAGUGCUGAAAGACAAAGCUGUCCUCUUAAAGCCCAGGCCCACGACACCUGCAGUCUCUGUCCAGUGCACCACCCAAGAUCAAGUGUCUCCAGCUGAGGCCCCUGUCAUCCUUAGCUCUCCCCGGACAACCAAAACUGAUUCAUAUGAAUUGUUGUGGAAACCACGGCAUGACAGCAGAGCCCCUGUCCUCUACUAUAUUGUGAAACAUCGCAAGGUAAUGAAUUUUUCAGACAACUGGACAAUCCAAGAUGUCCCUGCCAGCCAGCAUCAUCUUACUCUGACAAAACUGGAUCCAGGAAGUUUGUAUGAAGUGGAAAUGGCUGCUUACAACUGUGCUGGAGAAGGCCAGACAGCCAUGGUUACUUUCAGAACUGGACGAAGACCAAAACCAGAUAUUAUUGCCAGUAAAGAGCAACAGAUUCAGAAGGAUGACCCAGGCACAAGUUCUCGGAACAACAACCAAUCAGACAACACUCGCCUCUCUCCUCCAGAGGCUCCAGAUAGGCCCACCAUCUCAAUGGCAUCGGAGACCUCUGUCUAUGUAACAUGGAUUCCACGUGGGAAUGGAGGUUUCCCCAUUCAGUCAUUUCGAGUGGAAUAUAAGAAACUGAAGAAGCUUGGGGACUGGGUACUAGCUACAAGUGACAUUCCUCCUUCUCGUCUCUCAGUAGAAAUUACAGGGCUUGAGAAAGGCACCUCUUAUAAAUUCCGGGUGCGAGCACUGAACAUACUGGGGGAGAGUGAACCAAGUGCUGCAUCAAAACCUUAUGUGGUCUCAGGCUACAACAACCGUGUAUAUGAGCGCCCAGUUGCUGGCCCAUAUAUCACCUUCACAGAUGCCAUCAAUGAGACCACCAUCAUGCUGAAAUGGAUGUAUAUCCCAGCCAGCAAUAACAAUACACCAAUUCAUGGUUUUUACAUCUAUUACCGACCGACAGACAGUGAUAACGACAGUGACUAUAAGAAAGAGGAGGUAGAAGGUGACAGGUACUGGCAUUCUAUCAGCCAUCUGCAGCCAGAGACUUCCUAUGACAUUAAAAUGCAGUGCUUCAACAAGGGUGGAGAGAGCGAAUUCAGUAAUGUGAUGAUCUGUGAAACCAAAGCUCGCAAAUCUGCAGGACUGCCUGGUCGCUUCCCACCACCUACAGUAUCUGCAAUACAGCAUCCACCACUAAACAGCGGCCAUAAUGUCUUAGGGGCAGGUGCCAUGAUGGCCCGCUCCAGUGAUCUGCCCUACUUGAUUGUAGGAGUGGUACUGGGCUCCAUUGUUCUCAUCAUUGUGGCUUUCAUCCCAUUUUGCCUUUGGAGGGCUUGGUCUAAGCAAAAACAGACCAUAGACCUUGGUUUUCCUGGAGCAGGACUGCUGGUGUCAUCUUGCCAGUACACCAUGGUGCCAUUGCGAGGGAUCUCCACACCCCAAGCUAACGGACUGCGUUAUGCGAAUGGUGUGCCCCUACCUGCACACCAGGCUGCCAAUGGCCAUUUCCCCUCAGCCACAAUUAGGUAUCCUAAUGCAAAGUCACAUGAUUACAGCCCAGAUGAAGUUCAUCAGCAGAAUGAGACCAAUGCUUUUUUGCAAGGGAUGGUGCUGCAAAAUGGAAAUAUUUCAGCUGAACACCAAAGGUCACCCAGUCCUGGACCAGAUAACCAUUCUUUACUCUAUGGGCUUCCAGAUGACUCCACGCACCAGCUGCUUCAGCAAAGUAACAACUUCCAUCAUCGUCAUCAUCAUCAUGAACAAUUUGUUGGCCUGUGUAACUCGGUCCCGCAAAGGAAGGGCAACUCCACUGUGGAAGACAUAAAGAAUCCUGUCUUCCAUACAGAUUCUACCUGCUGCCUUGGUUUAGUACCAGUUGAAGAUGUAGAGAGGACAGAUUUUUCCCAGGACAGAAGACAAAUGUGGUCUCAAAAUCCAACCGACACAUGCUUGGGAGAAAGCCGAGAGACGCGUGUGAACAACCUACCACUGCAAGUCCCCUUAGAUACUCUUCAUAGCACCAGUUAGGGGACAUACUGCCUUACAAAGACUAUUCUAAACAGAGAAAUAGUUAUUUAUUUUUGUAUUACAACUCUAUUUAUAUAUUUAUACAUUUGUAAAUAGAUGUAUAUGUGCCUUCUAUAAAUACAUGGAGAGAAGUAGCAUCAUAAGGGAAAGUUGAAGAAUAAAUCAAGGCUGGAACAAUAGCAUCUGCCUUUAUCACACUGAAGAAAAGGCAGCUUUCUGGUUUCCAUCUCAGAAGGGACCAAAGCCCCAUUUUCCAGCAGCAAGAAGGUGUAUCUCCAAUGAUGAUAUUGUGGACAAGGAUUAUUUCUUACCUCCCUGUAGGAGGAAUCUUCACUGCAGGAUGCUGAAUGAAACAGAUAUAAAGCAAAGUACAAUACUUAUCUGCAUUAACAAGCAAUAUAUGCAUACACAGAUUCUGAGAUUGUGCCUGUAAUAAAAAAAAAAUUGCCAUGCUUCAUCAAGUAAAUAAAAAGUGCUUCUUUCCUUUGACAGA